GACUGGGCAAUGAUACAUAAACCAAGCAGAGAGUGCGCGGAAGAAAAGCUUGGCGAAAUCCAAUUGCUCAUCAUUCGGCACGAGAUACGACGACUCCCAGGACUCGAGGCUAAAAAUCACCGCCAUGGCCACAUCACAACAGGACUUCGAGAUUCUUAGCUCGGAGCGGGUCAAACCGCAGCCGCCGUUCAAAGAGCACGCCGUUCCUCUGUCCCUGAUCGAUGCCACAGUAGCAAACUUUGCUCUCACGUCGGCGUUCUGGUGCUUCAAGCCCCCACAAAGGUACCACGAUGACGUCGCCGGUCUCGUUGAGCAUUUGCGUAAAUCACUGGGCAUCGUGCUCGGUACCUAUCCUCACUUGGCCGGCCAUGUCCAGAGUAUCAAGACCGUCGACGGAUCUGUUCCGCACGAAGCGAAGGACUUUCCGGCUCAUGCGCGUCGAUUCGGCCGUGUCUAUGUCCAUUACGGCACCGCCGAUGAUCCGGGAGUAGAUUUUGUCGUUGCCAAGAGCACCCGGACGCUUGACGACUUAUACCCAAUGGCGAGACCCAAAGCGACUCCUAUAUGGAACCGCGAUUACGCUACAGACCCCUUUGUCAAGUUUCUCCCAGCAUCGAGCAUCAGGAAUCCGCUGCAACCCUACACCAAGGACGACGCUGGUCUGUACCCGGCCGCAUUGGCAAUCCAGCUGACACGCUUGAGCUGUGGUGGGUUCGUGGUCGCUGCGACCGUGACCCACAGCCUGGGCGACAUCACAGCUCUUGUACAGUUCGUGAAGGAUUGGGCCUCCGUAAGCCGUGCGCAUCUGGACGGGCAGGAAGUACCAACUUUGACUCCCGUGAUCGACCCGAGCAAGCUCGACGCGGUAGCGGCUGGGGAUAUCGACCAGAACCAGCCUGAUCAAAGCAUACUGGAACAGACAAAGAUGCUUCCUUUGGCUCGUUUCGACUGGUGGGCUCCCUCUGAGGGCAAGCCUUGGCCAGUAGAGCCACCAGGAGUGUUUGCCGGACAAGACCUGUCUCCUGUAGCCAACGCCAUGCCAUGGAAGGACUGGGAUACCACCGCUCCGGUGUCAAACUAUACCAUCCACUUCAGCCGAGCGCAGGUUGAUGUCCUCUGGGCUCGGGCAAAUGCGCCAGAUGGCGCCGCAGGCAGCGAAGACAGUGCGGCGGUCGCCCCCUCACAGAGAAUAAGCCGUCACGACGCCAUACUUGCACACAUCUGGUCCUGCGUCACUCGAGCUCGCAACUUCGCCAGCGACGACGAAGAGCUCGUGCACUGCUACCCGACGCUGGGGCUUCGGCCUGCCCUAGGUCUAAGCUCAUCGUUCAUCGGCUCGCCAAUCCUUAUGCUCAACCUAAAAUUGCCAGCGUGCUCUCUCAACGAGGCGGCAGCACCGACCACGACGAAGACUUCGCUGAGCUCCGUGGCACAGUACAUCCGUACCACGCUGUCUAGUAUAAACAGCAACACCACCGGAUUAGCCGCGCAUCUGCACAGUAUCGCCUACCAAAAGUCUCCGCAGCGGAUUUGGAACGGAUUUCUCGGCAAGAGGCAUACUAUCGUCACGACGUGGGCUAGGGCGGGCGUCUACGAGGUCGACUUUGGACUGCACCCUGCGCCGCCGUCGGUCGAUGACGGUGGACCAUUCUUGCGGUACGCAGACGGGAUCAUGCCGCGCAUGGACGGGUGUAUCCUCGUCAAAGAGGGCCCGCCUCAGAGACAGUGUGAGGGCGGAAGGGCUCCUGCAGCGUGGACGGACGACGGCGUCGAUGUCGCGGUUGCGAUGAACAGCGUGGAUAUGCAGAGGUUGCUGGCUGAUCCGGUGCUCCUGCCAGCUGUUUAGAGGUUGGAGAGCACCAGCUGUAGUUUGCUAUUUGGAGGAGUAUUACUUACCACGCGGCUUGAGGCCUAAACGUGGGAAUCUACAUAUUACAUAUAGAGAGAGGGAGAGUGAGAGAGAAAGAGCAUUAUGAAUUUUCAGGCUGGAAGGUUUAGACAAGGGGACACCGCAAAACACGCAAGUGCCUACUGGAGAAAGUGGUAGCAAAAUACAAGAAGAAAGCUCACAGACUCGA